GCUGUUCUCAUGCAGGGCGUACGCCCAACUAUCAGCGCUAAGUAUCCCAAGAUGAGGUCUUUCUCGAUAAGGCGGGCUGCUCUUAGCCACAAGUGGCAUACCGCUUACAUACAACCACCUCACUUUCUCGGGUUGAUUGGACAAGAUGCAACAUCUCCACUAGAACAAGAGACGCGUUUGGUCAGCCGCAAGCUGCGAAGAGAUGCUCGGAGGCAGACGGCCGUCUUAUCGCAGAUAGAUACAAAGAAAGCAGGUAUAUGAUAAUCGAAUAGACACUGUCUCUUUUCCACCACCCCAAACUUGAAAGAAAACAAUAAUGAUGACCACAACUACCAAGACUCCAUGGGCCGACACACCCUUCCCCCUCCUCAAAAUCCCCGGCUCCCCAGGUGCACCAACCUGCUCAAACGCUGGCGUCCUGGGCGUAUGCAUCGAAAUGGCAAACGUCCACAACCUCCUCCUCCGUGGUCUAAACUCCAUCUACAACCAAGCUCCCUUCGUCACCCUCCCCGCCGACAUAUCCGACCUCAUGCUGUACACGACCGCCUGGGCCGAUACCAUCCACCACCACCACUCAGCCGAGGAAACCCUGUUCUUCCCGCGGAUCGAGGCGCUGGCGAAGGCAGCAGGCCAGGACUGCAAUAUGGCGGGGAACGUGGCGCAGCACCAGGGCUUUGAGGCUGGGAUGGCGGAGAUGGUGCGGUGGGCUAAGAGGGUGGGCAGUGGAGAGGUAAAGUAUGAUGCGGAGGUGCUGAAGGGAUUGAUUGAUGCGUUUGCGCCGUUGUUGACGCAGCAUUUGCAUGAGGAGAUUGAUACGUUGGUUGAGCUGGAGAAGUGCGAUGAGGAGGGGGUUAGGAAAGCGAUGAAGGUGACGGCUGAUGAGGGGGCGAGGACGGCGGAUCCGUGCGGACCAGGAUAG